AAACCAUCAUUUGACUUUGUGCCAACGAACAAGACUGUCGUCGAAGGUUCAAAUGUGUUUUGGCGUUGUCAUGUCGAUGCACCGCCUUCAGGCAUCCUCUAUUCUUGGAUGUUCCGGGAUCGGCCUAUAAAAACCACUCAGACGGGAUUGCGUUCGGAAUUAAAGGAAGGUGACUUAUCCCUGCGCGACAUUCGAAAAGAGGACGGAGGAUGGUACUUGUGCAUGGCGUCAAAUCCAUCCGGAGAGCAGUCGCAAGCCUCAGCUUACCUCGAUGUACACUGUGAGUUUCUUUUGGUGAUCAACAAAUUCAUUAAUUGA